AUGAGGGCUGUCUCUGUGAGAAAUGGCAAGGGAGAUGCCGAUGCACUUUUCGUUGACCCAAACGUUCCGGAUCCCAUACUCGGACCCGGAAAGAUUCUUGUUGAGAUCCAUUCUUUUGGACUGAACAGAAUGGAUAUUAUGCAAAGAGAAGAUCGGUAUCCGUACCCUUUACUUCCCGAAUCGGGCACUAUUAUGGGCGUGGAGUUUAGUGGCAUUGUAGAAGGAAAAGGCGACGACCGUUCGGACAGAUUUUCACUCGGAGACCGAGUUUUCGGACUCGCAUACGGUGGAGCUUACGCGGAAAGGAUCGUGGUAUCUGAGAAGAUGCUGAUGCACUUGCCUUCAAAUCUCUCCUUUCUGGAAGCUGCUGGCAUUCCUGAGACAUUCUUCACUGCAAUCCAAGCAAUAUUCCUCGUUGGAGAUCUGAAACCUGGCCAGACAGUUCUUAUCCACGCAGGGGCAUCUGGAGUUGGACAGUCUGCCAUUCAACUAGCCAAGGUGGGAGGUGCCUCUAAAAUCUUUACCACAGCAGGAAGUGAAGAAAAGUGCGAUCUUUGCAAGUCAUUGGGCGCUGAUGUAGCAGUCAACUACCGAUCUGGAGAUGACUUCGCUGAGACUGUUGAGCGCGAGACUAAUGGUCGAGGAGUAGAUUUGAUUGUGGAUCUUGUGGGUCGGAAUUACUUCCAUCAAAACAUGAAGUCUGCCGCCAUGGACUCUAGAAUGGUGAUUGUUGCCGCUAUGAGUGGGAGCAAAGUGGAUGAUUUUGAUAUCCGUUCUUUGAUGAACAAACGGAUCUGGCUUAUGGCUACGACUCUUCGCACUCGUGAUGCUACGUACCAGGGCCAGGUACGCGAUACUUUCCUGGAAAAGGUUAUGCCACACUUAGUCAGUGGUGAAAUCAAGGUCACAGUCGAUAAGGUCUAUUCGUGGAAUGAAGUAUCAGAAGCUCAUAAACGGUUGGAAUCGAACGUGAAUGCUGGGAAGAUCAUUUGCACGAUUGAUUGA